UCGUUGGGUCGCCUCUCCUCCGCACACCAACCUCAACAGCAAUACAGCUUGCUUAGUAUUAUUACCGAUUAUACAAAUAUUACUUUCGCCGCGGACCGUUUUGACAGUGAAUAACCGAAAAUCGCCGUGCAUAUGAGUUAGUCGAUUUGAGUUUCAUCAAAAACAUAUUAUUAUUAUUCAACUAGGUAUUUAGGUGCAUAUAUUAUAUAUAUAUAUUUAUUAUAUUAUAUACAUAUAUAAUAUAUUGUAUACAUAAUAUUAUUAUAUUGAUAAUUAUUAUUUAUUUAUUACUCGUUGUAGUCCACCCGUUGAAAAAUAAUCCACGCUUACUCAAUCAGACAAUAUAAUAUGUUAUUAUAUUAUAUACCUACCUAAUACGUUUCUGACGGAAUAAAAUCGAUCGAAUGUAAUACACUCAUUAUUCUUAAUAAUAUUAUUCCGAUAAAUCUAUUUUAUUUUUUCGAUUUUUGUUCUCAAUCGUUGAGAAAAGUACGCGAUACAAAUUAACAUAACAUUAAUAUAAAACAAUGUCGACUGUGAAUAACCCCACGGUAGCGUCGGUUUUCAACGAUUGCAGCAACACAACGACGGCGAUCGAGAAUGAUAUUUCGUGUCGGCCGCCCGGUAAAAACAACAAGAUUUCGGGAAGAAAAAAGCUAACCUUAACACCGGAACUAAAACGAUUAUCAUUUGGUUCCAUAAAGACACAGUGUUCUUUAAGUGAUUCAAGAUUCAUUUGUUUAAAUGGCUUCCAAUAUUUUAAAAACAAAGAGAUUACGUUAGAAGAAAACAUGGAGCUCAUUAGUGAAAACAUAUUAGUAGAAAGAAAAUAUUUCCAAGAGGUUGUUGACAGUUUACUAAGUCAAGUUGUACAGCUGGAAGAAAAUAUUGACUUGAAAACAGUCAAGAUUGAAAACUUGCAACUGUACAAUUCGGAAAAAUUGAAAAUUAUUAACUCGCUUACGAUGGCGCUUAACGAAACCAAGUGGAAGCGUGACACCAUGCAACAGUUUUGUGAAGAACAUGCUCCAAAUGUACUUUAUAAAAGUAUGAUGUUAGUCAGUUGUGUUUUGGAUAAAAUAUCCGUUUUUAAAUCUAAUCAGGAUAAACUACAUUCAUGUUUAAUCAAUUUGGAAGAAGAUUGUCUGUUAGUUAAAGCAGUCAAACAGCUCAAAUCUGGUUGUGACAAAUGUAUUAGUGUCAUUGAGAAAGCUACUAUCAGAGAGCUGUCUUACGCAUUAAUGAAUGAGAAAGAUUUUAAUGGUACAAUAAAACACACCAUUUACAAUCUACAAAAUUUCCUAUUCAAUGUACCACUUGACUGUAAUUCUGCCGUUGAAAAUAUCGGUUUGUUGAAAAUCACUCAGGAUGGUGAACAUAAUUUAGAGAAUAUGAUUGGCUUGUGGGAAUUAGUGAAGGAUUUGUUCCAGAAACAUCAAUACCUGACAAAUAAAAUCAUUUCACUCAACAUGCAGAAAAUUGGUUUGAAGUUACAACUUGAUGAAAUGGAAAAUAAUAGGAAGGAGCUUGAACUAAAGGCUAUGACAGAAAUCGAAGUUGUGGAGAAAAAAGAAGAAUUAUUAAAUCAAAAUGAAUCGAUGAUUCAACAACAUUGGGAUGAAAUGGAUACUAGUCAAGAAAUAGUUAUGCAAACUCAAAGAGCUCAAGAUAUUGAUCAAGAAUUAGAAGAUCUUCAAAUAGAAUACCACAGUCACGACAAAUAUAACAGACAGUUGAAAACAGAUUUGUGUCAUCUUGAAAAUGAAUUGGCCGAGUAUCAGCUCAAAUGUAAUCAAAUGGAAAUUGAAAACAAACAAAUUGAAAUUGAGAAAAUUAACAUUUUAGAAGCAUAUGCCAAAUCUUGGGGACAUUACAAUGAUAAACAAAAGAUCAAAUACACAGGGAGGCUUAUAAAAGACAUAGAUUCCAUUACGCAGGAAAUUAAAUCAUUAGAAAUGGAUUUUGAAAAACAAGUACAUAACAUUACAUCUACUGUCCGAACUCCGGUUUUUAGUAAAACUCAAACAAAGUCCGAGAAAACAACACGGUCAUAUGGAGUUAUUGAUACAUACAAACGUCCAAACAAAAGUUUGUUUCGGGAAGGUGUUGUCCGUAAUUUACGUUACUAAUGAUCGAAUUAGUUUACCUCAAUAAUGUAAUAGUGCUGUCAACUGCGUUUUCACUUUUCUAUGACUGAUUUUAUUUUAUUCACACAACCAAUUACAUAUUAUAUUAAUUAAAUUAAUUUUUUUUUUUUUGGUAUGGAAUUUUUUUUUUAAUUUUAACAUUCAUACUUGAUGUAAUAGAUUUUAUAAUAUUUGUUUUAGAAACAUAUUUAUUUUUUUUUAAUUUUUAAACUGUUGCUACUGUAUGAAAUUUAGUUGUUUUAAUAAUUAUAAUAAAUAGGUGAUGAUUUAAUUUUUGGUAAGCAUUGUACCUCAUAAAAAUAUAUUCUAAUGAUAGGACCUACAUGUUACUAGCUAAUUAAUAAAUAUGUUGGUAUUGAUUAAUUGCUGGACAACAUAUGAUCAAUAUGAAAUUGUUAAUUAAUUACAAACCGA